AUGGGUAUCACCCUAAGGCCACCUUGGUCUUUUGAACUGAAAUAUUCCAUCAAGGCUGGUGACAGCGAAGGCAUCUUCCAAGCUGAGGACUUUCUAUUGGGAGAUUUUUGUUUCCUCCGCAUAUUUACAAGUGGAGCCAGCGGUGCCAUAUUGAAUCGGGAAGUACAAGACAACUUCACUCUUACAGUAAAGGCAUCUACGCAAGGAGGCCUAGAGGCCUUUGCCACCGUUUAUAUCAAAGUUUUGGACACGAAUGACCUCCGACCUCUGUUUUCCCCAACCUUCUAUUCAUUUGUUGUUUCUGAAAGUGCCCCUGUGGGCACCAGCAUAGGAUGUGUAACAGCAACAGAUGCUGACAUCAAUUCCAAUGGGGAGUUUUACUACUUUUUCAAGAACAGAAUAGAACUCUUUGCUGUUCAUCCGACCAGUGGGGUCAUAACCCUGACGGGUCUACCAAGGAUGGACAGUAAAAAACGUUUUGAGCUGGAGGUGCAAGUGAUAGACCGAGGAAUGAAACUCUAUGGGAACAAUGGUAUUAGCAGCACUGCUAGGUUAGUUGUAACUGUGGAGCGGGUUAAUGAAUUUGCUCCUGUUCUCAGUGCAGUCGCUGUCGUCCCCUCACUGACAGAAAAAGACCCAGUGUAUGCCAUAGUGACUGUGGAAGAUGAAGAUGAGGGGCUUUCUGGGGAUAUAGAAUGGGUGUCAAUUAUUGAAGGUGACCCUUUGGAGCAGUUUGUUAUUGAUCGCUCACCUGUUGGAAACGAGUACAUGGUUAAAUCAUCAGAAAUGGCACCAAAGUUUGAGGCCUUACCUCCAAGCAUUAUGGUGAGAGAAGACCAGGCUGUGGGCAGCAGUGUGUUUCAGGUGCGUGCACGAGAUGGAGACACAGGCUUGAAUGGCUGCGUUCUCUUUUGUUUUUCUGAUGGCAACAGAGAAACCAGGUUUAAUAUCAACAUGGAGAAUGGGAUUAUGACUGUAUUGUAUCCACUUGACCGUGAGAAAGUGGAUCGGUACUUCCUCAAUAUCACCAUCUACGAUCAGGGCACUCCUCAAAUGUCUAACUGGAGAGUAUUGACAGUGAUAAUUGAGGAUGUAAAUGACAAUGAUCCCCAGUUUGAUCAGGAUGCCUACUCUGCUGUAGCUCCAGAAAACUCAGAUAUUGGCAUGGAAAUUAUUAAAAUCACUGCAUUCGACAGAGAUGUGGGACAGAAUGGACAACUCUCAUACGCAAUGCUGACCAGUGUCUCUCAGUUUGGUAUUGACAGUGAGAGUGGAAGUGUAUUUGUGGCCAGCCAGCUGGACAGAGAAUCAACUCCAAUGUUCAUAUUGAAGAUUGAAGUGAAAGACAAGGCAGAAAGAGGCACUCGAAGGUCGUCAGUGACUACUCUACGUAUAACAGUAGAGGACAUCAAUGACUGCUCCCCAGCCUUCAUCCCGAGCAGCUUUAGUGCGCGAGUACCAGAGGACCUGCCAACGGGGACUGUGAUUACCUGGAUGCAGGCUCAGGACCCAGACAUUGGAGCUGGUGGACAAGUUCGAUACUCCUUGGUUAAUGACUUCAAUGAGACAUUUGAGAUCAAUGUCUUAAGCGGUCUGCUGAGGUUAAAAAAGGAGUUGGACUAUGAGACAAAACAGUUUUACAACCUGACUGUGCUUGCUGAGGAUAGAGGAGUACCCAGCCUAAGGAGCCAAACAUUUGCGGAGGUAGAGGUGGUGGAUGUCAAUGAAAAUUUAUAUGCACCGUACUUCCCCGACUUUGCCAUGAGAGGCUCUGUGAAGGAGAACUCUCGUGCAGGGACAAGCGUCCUGACAGUCAGCGCCAAGGAUGAUGACAAGGGACGAGAUGGCGUGUUGAGGUACUCUGUCCGUGGAGGCAGCGGACUGGGCACUUUCACAAUCGACGAAGACACAGGAGUGAUUUACACGGCUGGAGUCCUGGAUUGUGAAACCAAAGACUCCUACUGGCUCACUGUCUAUGCCACGGAUAGAGGGGCUGCUCCCCUGUCUGCUUCUGUUGAGGUGUUCAUUCAGGUGGAAGAUGUCAACGAUAAUGCUCCCCUAACCUCGGAUCCUAUCUACCAUCCAGUCAUUAUGGAGAACUCGCCAAAGGAUGUGCCAGUCAUUCAUAUUCAAGCUCAAGACCCUGACCUUACAGCCACACCCAGUCGACUGAGUUACCGCAUUACGGCUGGAAAUCCACAGAAUUUCUUCACUAUCAAUCCUAAAACAGGUCUGAUCACAACAACCGCAAGAAAACUGGAUAGGGAACAACAAGCCGAGCACUUUUUAGAGGUUACAGUAAUAGAUGGCCCUGUGACGACCCGGCAGUCUACAGUGUGGGUCAUAGUGCACAUCGACGAUGAGAAUGACAACCCGCCAACCUUCCCGGAGGUCACUUAUCGCAUCAGCUUGCCUGAACGAGACCGGAACAAACGGGGCGAACCUGUAUACCGUGUCUUUGCAUAUGACCGUGACUCUGGAGCAAAUGGUAACAUCACCUACGCUAUCAUUGAUGGUAACGAGGAGGAAAAGUUCAUUAUUGAUCCCAGGACUGGUGUGGUGUCAUCAAAGAAAAUGGUGACAGCAGGCAGCUCCGACAUCCUAACUAUAAAAGCAGAAGACAGUGGAGAUCCGCCACUUUGGUCUACUGUCAAACUCUAUGUGGAAUGGAUUCGCAAACCUGUGCCCUCGCAGGUGCCCCUAGUCUUCACCCAGAGGUCCUACAAUUUCUCCAUCUCAGAGACAACUGCUGUUGCUCAGCCGGUGGGUGUGGUGGCUGUUAGCCAGUCGAGCACACCUGUCUGGUUCAGUAUCAUCGGUGGACGGCUUGCCAAAGAAAUGUUCUACAUUCCGCAGAAUGCAUGUGGAAGAAACUGCUCUCUGGACACAGGGAGCUUUGACAUGCAGUUUGAUCUUCAAGUUGGAGUUGGGACUCUGGUGGUGGCCAAGCCCCUGGAUGCAGAGCUGCAGUCAGUAUACAACAUGACUGUACAAGUGACCGAUGGGACCAAUUUAGCCACAACACAGGUUUUCAUCCGCGUCCAAGAUAGCAAUGACAACCCACCAGUCUUCUCACAGCCAGCCUAUGACAUCAGUGUCUCAGAGGAUGUUCCAGCCGACAUGGAGAUUCUGCGGGUCAAAGCGUCAGAUAAGGAUGAGCGUGCCCGUUUAAGCUUCUCCAUUUACGGCAGUGUGGACCCAGCCAGUAUGAGACUGUUCAAUGUCAAUCCUGGAACAGGAGUUGUUUACGUUGCGGACAGCCUGGACUAUGAGGCCAGAACUCAGCACAUCCUCACGAUUAUGGUUAAGGAUCAGGAGUUUCCAUUUAACCGGGACUUGGCUCGUAUUCUGGUGGCAGUUGAGGACAUCAACGAUAACAUUCCCUACUUCACCAGCACAGUGUACGAUGCUGUGGCCUAUGAGACUUUUCCUGUCGGCACGUCUGUGUUGCAGGUGACAGCCCUGGACAAAGAUAAUGGGAUUAAUGGUCAACUCAUAUAUAACAUUGACGCAGGUAACACAGGGGGGGUGUUUGCCAUUGAUAAUACCACAGGCCUUAUCUUCAUUGCAAAGAACCUGGACUUCAGCUCUGUGGGCUUUUACACCCUCACUGUGCGUGCCACAGACAGCGGAUUUCCUCAGUUAAUGGCCACAGCUUCAGUUCGCAUUUCCUUAAUACUCUCUGACAUCUCCAAACCCAAAUUCUCUCAGAAGGAAUAUCAGGCUGAGAUAAUGGAGAACAACAGGAUUGGAACACAUGUCAUCACUGUUACUGCCUUCAGUCGCUCCCCACUUGUUUAUGACAUCACCAGAGGCAAUGAGGAGCGCCGCUUCUUUAUUAACCAUUACACUGGUGUAAUCACUACUCAAAAAAUGCUAGAUUUUGAGCAAACAACUUCCUACUUCUUGACGGUGCGUGCUCUGAGCAUGGCCGGGGUGGAGGCCAGCACCACUGUCAUUGUCCAAGUAGGGGAUGUGAAUGAUAACCCACCUCAAUUCCAACAGAUCAGGUAUGUGGGCAGAGUCAGUGAGGCUGCUCCCGUCAACAGCGUGGUCAUGGGGGAGGACGGUAACCCUUUGGUUAUACGGGCUGUUGAUAAUGACCGCAAUCAUAAUGCCCUGUUAGUGUUCCAGAUAAUAGAUGAGACCGCUCGUAUGUUUUUCAGUGUGGACUCUGGGACUGGGUCUAUUAGAACUAUUGCGGUUCUGGACUAUGAAACCUUCUCAGAGUUCGUCUUUCGGGUUCACGUUCGAGACAGUGGUUUGCCUCCUAUGAGCGCUGACGGCCCAGCAGAGGUUAUCAACAUCAAUGACUCACCCCCAAAGUUCUCCCAGGACAUUUAUGAGACGGUCCUCCUGCUGCCUACCUACGUGGGCGUGGAAAUCCUCAGGAUUGAGGCUUUAGACCCUGAUAUUACUGCUGAUUCUGACAAGUCUGUCACACCCCUACUGGCCUACUCUCUUGUUGACAGAAAUAUGGAACACUUUUCAGUGGAACGCUACACAGGACUUGUGACAGUAAUCAAUCAGAACCUCAGUAAAGCCCGUUACCGCUUUAAUGUCAAGGUAUGGGAUGGACGUUUUUUCAGCAUAUCAUCAGUCACAGUGCUUGUGAGAGAAGCUAUUGAGAGUGGUCUUCUCUUCACCCUCCCGGUGUACACCGCCUCCAUCCAAGAGAACAUACCCAAUGUCACUGUAGUAACUGUUGUCAACACAGUUGGCCACCGCCUUAAUGAGCCACUCAGGUACUCUCUGCUGAACCCGGGAGGGCGCUUCACCAUCCGACCCACCUGUGGAGUGCUGCUCACCACCGGUGUGCCUUUCGACCGUGAGGAAAAGGGGAGUUACGAGCUGGUGGUAGAAGUCACCAGAGAGGAUGAGAUCUUGAGAGUGGCCAGGGUGACUGUGCAAGUACAGGUGGAUGAUAUGAACGACAAUGCACCAGAGUUUGUGAACCUCCCGUAUUACGCUGCGGCGCAGGUGGAGGCGGAGCCAGGAUCAGCCAUUUUCAGUGUCUCUGCUGUUGACCAGGACUAUGGUUCAAAUGGAGAAGUGACUUACAGCCUCAAAACGCAACACAGGAACUUUGAGGUGAAUCCUUUGACAGGAGAACUAAUCUUAAAGAAAGCUUUUGAAGCAGAUUUAUCCAACGCAGAAUACAAAGUGACUCUUGUAGCCACCGAUGGAGGCACCCCCCGUCUGUCCAGUGAGGUUGAGGUGCCUGUAACAGUUGUAAACAAGGCCAUGCCGGUAUUUGACAAGCCCUUUUACGGUGUCACUGUCAAAGAAGAUGUGGCUGUCUCCAACUCUGUUCUGUGCAUCAAUGCCAGCAGUCCUGAAGGCCAGGAUGUCAUAUUCACCAUCACAGAUGGAGACCCUUCCCUGCAGUUUGACAUUGGAUUUGACACCGGAGUCAUCAGUGUAAUUUAUCCAUUAGACUAUGAGACCACUCAAUACUACCGGUUAACAGUGAAGGCCACUGAUACACUGACCGGGGCCAAGUCAGAGGUCGAUGUGGACAUUGUUGUUCUGGACGUGAAUGAUAACUCACCAGUGUUUCAAAACACCUCCUACUCGGCGGUCCUGUCUGAGAACGCCAUGACCGGAACAUCGGUGCUACAGAUCUUUGCCCAGGACCAAGACUCAGAAAAGAAUGCAGUGGUGACAUACCAGAUCCUAUCUGACAUCUACAAUAGCUCUGACUACUUCCAAAUUGACAGCAACAGCGGAUUGGUAUUUACAUCACGGAUGCUUGACUAUGAGUAUAUGCAGCGCUACAAUUUCAUUGUAAGAGCAACAGACAGUGGAGAGCCUGCUCUUAGCAGUGAUGUAAGUGUCACUGUGACUGUGACCGACACAAACGACAAUCCGCCCAAUUUCAGCCAAGCACUUUACGAGGCUUUUGUCAGCGAGCUGGCUCCGAGGGGACAUUUUGUAACUUGUAUCCAGGCAUCAGAUGCUGAUAUUUGUGACUCUCAAAGGUUGAGGUACAGCAUUCUCUCGGGGAAUGAGAAAACAACCUUUAUGAUGGAGCCAGAUACAGGGGUUCUCCGUCUGUCAAACAAAAGGAGACAAGGCAUGAAAUCCUUGUAUCGGCUCAAUGUGUCUGUGUCAGAUGGAGUCUUCACCAACACCGCACAGGUUAUUGUACGCGUGCAGGGAGCUAAUCUGUACAGUCCAGUGUUCAGCCAGAGGUUCUACCUGGCUGAGGUCCAGGAAAAUUCUCCUCCUGGUACUAAUGUCAUUCAGGUUCGUGCUACAGAUGAGGACUCGGGGCUGAAUGGGCAGAUCACCUACUCCUUUAUAAAUGACCUUGGCAAAACUCAAUUCACCAUUGAUGCAGAUGGUGUCAUUUCUACUGUUGAGAGAUUAGACAGAGAAAAUCCACUUUUUAAGGACAUGGUACUGACGGUCAUGGCCUUGGAUGGUGGAGGCCGGGCGUCCUUUUGUACGGUGCGAGUGGUCCUGGCAGAUGAAAAUGACAACGCCCCUCAGUUCAGGGCAGUGGAAUACCGCCUGAGCAUUAAAGCCAACGUUGCUAAAGGUUCUCUGGUCACACAGAUUCAGGCCACUGACCCUGAUGCCGGCUCUAAUGGAAGGAUAACCUACUCCCUUUACAGUGAGGCCCGGCUCUCCUUGGUCGAUGUUUUGGAGGUGGAGCCAGACAGUGGUUGGAUGAUGACGAAAAGUGUAGUGGAUCACCUUCAGGGAACUGUGCUGUCCUUCUUUGUGAAGGCCACAGACUGUGGCUCUCCUCCCAAGCACUCCCUGGUGUCCGCCUUCAUCCACGUCGUCCCCCCGGAUGCGCUGGUCCCUUCCUUCAGCCAGCCUCAGUACUCCUUCACCAUCCCUGAGGACACAGCAGUAGGGACGGCGCUGGGGUCAGUCUACCUGGGCCCUGGGCAAAAAGGGCUGUUUACUGCUGUCGGAGGAGAGAUGCCCGACAGCAACCAGGGCGAAACCUUCCAGGUGGACACGGAGACCGGUCUCAUCCGUCUACUCAAGCCCCUGGACUACGAAGAGGUCAAUAUUUACCGCUUUAAAGUGGCAGCAACAACAAGAAAAGACCUGAUCGAGUCCGUCUCCACUGUGGACCUUGAAGUUAAGAUUCUAGAUGUGAAUGACAACAAGCCAACAUUUGAGACUAACACUUACAUCGCUACUGUGAUGGAGGGGAUGCCAGUGGGAACUAGAGUGAUCCAAGUGCGAGCACUUGAUCCAGACUGGGGCUCUAAUGGACAGGUGACCUACAGCCUUGGACCUCUGCUCACCUACAGUCUUGGCUUGACUCGGGACAUUCCGCCCCUCGCUGACCCUCUGAGCCCGAGUUCUGUAUUUGCCAUUGACAGUAAAACCGGCUGGAUCACCACAGUGGGUCAGAUGGACCACGAGGUCUGCUCCAGCUACAGCUUCGAAGUGGUGGCCUCCGAUCUGGCCGAGUUCCUGCCCUUGUCCUCCACCGCAGUGGUCACCAUCACUGUGUCAGAUGUGAACGACAACCCCCCGUGGUUUGAGAGGGAGUUCUACAGAGGUGCCGUGAGAGAGAGCGAUCCCCUCGGUGAAGUGGUAGCUGUCCUGAAGACCAGAGACGGAGAUGGCACCGAUCAAAACCGCCUUGUUAGCUUUUAUAUCACAGGUGGAAAUCAGCGGGGUGUGUUUAGCCUGGCCCUUGUGCAGGGGGAGUGGAAGGUGUAUGUCAGUGACCAGUUGGACCGUGAGCAGCAGGACUGGUAUCUGCUGAAUAUCACAGCCAGCGAUGGCCUCUUCGUCGCCCACACUGCUGUGGAGGUCACCGUCAUGGAUGCCAACGACAACAGCCCCAUAUGCAACCAGGCUGUAUAUAGUGCCUCUUUUCCUGAAGAUAUUCCUGCUAACAAGGGCAUUCUGACAGUGGGUGCAACAGAUGCUGACUCAGGUUCUAGCGCAGAGAUCCAAUAUUCACUGUUUGGCAUUGGUGUGGAAGAUUUCUAUAUGGAUGCUAACACUGGUGAGUUGCGAACAGCCACCGCGAUGGACAGAGAAAUGACACCUGCCUACAAACUCAUUUCCCAAGCAACUGAUGGGGGAGGGCUGUUCUGCAGGUCUGACAUUUCUCUACAAUUGUGGGAUGUGAAUGACAACGCCCCCUUGUUUUCCUCCUCUCAUUACCUGGUUAGUGUGUAUGAGAGUGCUGCCCCCAAAGCAUUACUUACCCGACUGCAAGCCAGCGACCCAGAUGAAGGUUUGAACCGUACACUGGUCUAUUCCCUGGUGGAUUCUUUGAAUGGGUUUUUCUCCAUCGACCCAGUAACUGGAAUAGUAGUCUUAGAGAAAUCCCUGGACAGAGAGAGCCGUGACUCAUACCGUCUUCGUGUCCAGGCUACUGACCGUCUUGGGCAAGAGGGGGCACUUUCCUCACAGGUUGAUGUGACUAUCAUGGUUCUUGAUGUAAAUGACAAUGCUCCAGUGUUCCAGAAGAGGGAAUAUGCAGUAACUGUCCCCGAAGAUGUAACUGUGGGGACUGAGGUGCUACGCUUGUUAGCGACAAGUGCUGACAUUGGACCUAAUGCUGAGAUCAGCUACAGCAUCCGGUCAGGCAACGAGUUAGGAAAGUUCAGCAUAAACACAAAACUGGGCUCAAUUUCUGUGGCUGAGGACUUGGACUUUGAGGUGUGUAAGGAUUAUUACAUCACUGUAGAGGCAUGGGACAGUGGGAAUCCUCCCCUUAGCACAGCUACCAUGGUAAUCAUUGAGCUCAUGGAUGUCAAUGACAACGCUCCGGCUUUCGAUCAAGACAUCUACAAUGUACUCAUUGGCGAGGACGCAUCCAUAGGGCAGACAGUUACAAAGGUAUUUGCGGAAGAUCUGGACAGUCAAGUGAAUGGUCGGAUCACUUACUCCGUUUUAAAAGGUGAUCGAAGCAAUCACUUCUGGAUCGAUCCUGUAACAGGACUGCUUAAGGUCAAUAAGAGGCUUGACAGAGAACUAAUAUCCAAGUACACUUUGUCGGUGCAGGCAUUCGACAGUGGCUCCCCUGCCAUGUCCUCCACUGUUACAGUUAACAUCAACAUCUCUGACAUUAAUGACAACCCUCCUGUUUUUAGUCCUCCCAACUCCACCGCCGUCUUACAGCUGAACCAAGCUGCUGGCACCACCCUGCUGAAGCUGUCAGUUAGUGAUAAAGACUCUCCAAGACAUGGCCCUCCCUUUGUGUUUCGCAUUAAAUCAGGAAAUGAGGGAAAUUAUUUCACUUUGGACCAGACUGGGACUCUGAAAUCGAAACGUUUGUUUGGCCCUGAAGAUCCAAGAGAGUUCAGCCUUGAAAUCCAGGCAAGUGACUCUGGUAAGCCCAGUCUCACCUCCUCCUCUUGGGUUUUUCUGAGAGUGAUUGGGAACAGCCAGUACAAGCCAACUGUCUCCCCUUUGGAAAUCUUCAUUGUCAUGUUAACGGAUACAUUUCCGGGCGGUCUGAUCAGUCAGAUCUAUGCGACUGACCGCGACCCCAGCGAUGUCCUCUCAUUCAUCCUGAAGCCUGAGUCCCAGAGUAUGUUUAAGAUCAACAGACAAGAUGGCAGCAUAGUAGCUCUGCCAGGCCUGGAACCUGGGAGAUACCAGAUGAAUGCAACAGUGAGUGACGGCCGUUUUGCUGUGAUCGCCGACGUGUCAGUCCAGGUCGAACAAGUGACUGAUGUGCUGCUGCGCAGCGCCCUGACCUUACGGUUCAACUCCCUAUCCCCUGAGGAAAUACUUGGACGCUACCUUAACCAGAUCAAAUUAAACCUAAGGGAAAUAACAGGCUGGAAAUGGUCACCAAGGCAACAGGAUCCCCUUCACCUGCUCAGCGUGCAGCCAGUGCCGGAGACGCAGAACGUGGACUUGGUUCUGGCCAUGGAGAUGCCCGAGACGUCAGGUAGUGGGAAGAUGGAGGGGUUCUACUCCCCACAGGACCUGUCUGCAAAGCUGAGGGAGGCCGCAGCACGCGGUCAGAUCCGCGGCGUUCUGGCCGGGGCCACCGCGGUGGGGAACACCUGCUCCGGGAAGUUGGAUUGCGGAGAGCGGGUGUGUGAAAAUGUACUGGUGAUGGAGGGGGACUCACCUGUGAAGUACAGCACAGAAAGAGUCAGCUUAGUUUCACCAACUUUCAGCCGUAGAGAGACCUGCAUCUGCCCGGAAGGGACAUGCCCCACCCCUAUGGAGCUUUGUGAAGGUCAGUCCUGUCCAGCAGACAUGCAGUGUGUCCGUUCUGGUCCUACAGCGCCAUCUGUCUGCCAGUGCCAGCCAGAGAGACUGGACCAGUGUGCAGGCCAAACCUCUCUGAGCUUCUCGGGAAACAGUUACAUCAAAUACAGGGUGACAGAGAGUGGCCAGAGUGGAGAGAUGAGGCUCAGCCUGAGGAUUAGAACACUUCAGAGAAGGGGAGUCAUCAUGUUCACACGGGUUAACCCCUGCACCAUGCUCAAGAUUGAAGCAGGGCGACUCUGGUUCCAAUUGAACUGUGACAACACUCUUGGCAUUAUGGGUAUCUCUGACAGACCAAUAAACGACGGCCUUUGGCACACAGUUGCUUUGGAGCUGACCAAGAACUACAGCCUCCUCUCAUUGGACGACAGCUACGUGGAACGCCGCAGAGCAGCCCGAGCCCCCGUUCGCCUUUGGCCUCUGGCUCCCGAUUCAUCCUUUUUCUUUGGAGCUCAAGUAAGGCCGCCGAAUGUACAAGGUGAAAGGCCCAGCCCCGGACAAGGGAAGAGUGAAGUAGGGCCAGGACCAGGAGACCGUGUAGUGAGGGGCCCUCCCAGAGCCCAGGAUGGUUUCCAAGGUUGCCUGGGCUCACUGAUGCUGAAUGGUAAUGAGCUGCCUCUCCAGAAUAAGAGGAGCCCUUAUGCUGAGAUAGCUGGUCUCAGCGAUGUCAAGUUGGGCUGCGUGCUUUAUCCAGAUCCAUGCGUCAGCCAGCCCUGCCUCAACGGAGCCAUCUGCAGCAGCCUGCCCUUUGGAGGUUUCAUGUGCAGUUGCAGCCCUGGAUUCACCGGGGGGCGCUGUGAAAUUGAACUGACAUCCUGCAUGCCUAACCCAUGCCAGAAUGGUGGGGACUGUAAGCCUGUAGGCAGUGCAUUCCUCUGCAGCUGUCCUAGAGGAAUUGGGGGACUUAUAUGUGACGAGGAUGUAAAUGAGUGUGACCAGGGCAAUUGUGGAAAUGGAGGAGAAUGCAUCAACAUAUUUGGGUCAUAUUAUUGUAAUUGUUCGGAGGGAUAUGACGGUCAGUUUUGUGAUGAUCAGACCCCUGGUGAUGACACACAGGCUGAGCCGCUGUCUUACGUCGGACCAGGAGAGAUAAUUGGCAUUGGAGUCCUUGCCUUCGUCAUCAUUUUACUCCUCAUACUCUUCAUCGCUUUUAGGAAAAAAAUCAAAUUCAGGAAAGACUCAGAUCCGGGGAUACAGGCUGUGAUGGGCAUCUCAGCUGUUUCUACAGAGACCAACUACAAGAUGCACAAGACUGGCACGGGGGCAGAGGGAAUUGAGUUUAAAGCCGUGCGUGUGUCCGGUUCACCCGUAAGCACGGGCACUUAUGGUGAGACGGUAUGCAGCGGCGGGGGCCCUCCGCAGGUCAUGGUGCGCCCAAAUCCCCACUCCACCCUCCCGGGGGCACUCGGACAUCAGGCCAUGAGGGGUGGAGAUGGUGACAAGACCAAUUCCACUGAAAGCAGUCAGAUGAGCAGCUUUCUCUCAGACACAGCGACUGUCCGAGGUGUGGCCAACAGGAGGGGCAUUGCAGUGUGCAGCGUGGCACCUAAUCUCCCCUCGAUGUCAGCCCGUCACUCAGAGCACAGUCCGGCCCACAAAGUGUCCUGGGAGGGUGAAGAAAUGAGGGGGAAAAGGCUGGAGAGGCUUAGAGAUGAGAGAGAGGACGAAUGGGGGCAGAGAGCUUUUGAGCUGGAGAGAACCCACAGGGAAAACAGUCCAGAGGAUGUGCCAGGGCUGGCAGAUGAAGUGGUCCAUCUAUCAGACUCCACCUCUGAGGAGCGCUCCCUCAGCUCCUACACCUCAGAGUCUUUCGAUGACAACGCUUCCAUAGUGACAGUUAUACGUCUUGUCAAUGAUGCUGUUGAUGAUAUUGAAAGUGAAGUGUCAAACAUGGACAAAGAACAGCGGUGGAACAGCCGUGCCAGUCACCACCUGCAGAGCAAGGAUGAGACUUGUGUGGAGUUCAUCAAAGAGUACAUUGUGGAUUCAUACAGGUGGGAGACUUCAUGUCAGAAUUCAAGUUGGCUGUCGCCAUCACAUUUGCAUCCGCAAGAGGGAGGAUCCCAUUACGACCUCAAUGACGUCCAGCAGAACAUUAGACGCGGAGGCAGCACGCGCUCGCUCCAGCUGGACUACAGAAUGACGGGCCACAGUGGUGACAGAGGCCACGAGCAUGGUCGGGAGAGCAAGAGGCGGACAUACCAGUGGGAGAGGAAUAAUUCCGGUGAGUGGGAGAGAAAACACACUGUGUACAGAGAGGAAAUGAGAAGGCGUGAAAGGGAAGAAAAGAACACCGGCAUGAGGCGCGGGGACAUGGGGCCACCGCAGGACCGCAGAGACCAUGACAGCAGUGACGACAGCUCCUCUCCUGUUUAUGAGGAAUACAGUGAGCCCAGCCACGAUCCACAGCAAAAUGAAGACAGAGAGGGUAUUUAUGACACUCUUCCUCCGACUCGACGUGCCUAUGAGGGGUAUCCGUCAAACCCCCCGGGCCUCAACCUGCACCCAGCUCAAUUAAUGCCUCCUCUCAGGGCCUGGAACGUACAGGCAGAUGAAUGGAGGGAAUCACAGGAGGAUCACAGAGGACUUGGCUCUAGUAGUCUCGCAGGUUCUGGGGACGAGCUAGAAAGACUACUUAAUCUGGUGUCACUCAGAGCCAGGAGAGCCACCCGGAUCAACAGAGCCUCCACCUGAACUGAACCAGCAGCAGCCUGAAACGGUUUCAAUCAGCACAGAAGACUGGUCAAAAGAUUAAAAAUGAAUAUCCCCCUUAUAAAUGGCAGAGAGAGAAUGUUUCUCUUUGACGGAUAGUCAUGUUUUGAUAUUGCACCACAGGUGGCUCAUCUAAAAAUAGAUUACCUAAAAAAUUACCCCGCAUACCUCAAACAUUCAGCGUUAUUAUCCAGAUGUAAACAAGCUUAAAUCCACCACCAGUCCCCUGCAACACUUAUGAGCUUGAGGAAUAAAAGGAAAAAUGUGUUCUCACCUGUGCUGUGCGAGAUAGCGCUGUGAUUGGCUGUGAAUCGGUGUUUUUCCAUUUAUUAUUUAAUCGCCGAGGCAAAGUGCUCUAAGCCAGCCUUUCUCUCUGUUGGAUGAUACCAACAUACAGUCGCGUGGAAAAGAAAGUGUUCCAUCUUUAAACAUCACCUGGCCUCUCUGGGGCGUUAGUGUGAGGUAAAUACAACCAAAGAUGAACAACAAAUUACUGAAACAUUAUAAACAAGUCGAAAUGCCGAAGCUGUGUUAAAAAACCCCAAACCACAGUAUUCAAGAGUUUAUGGAACUAGUGUUGUUUCCGCUUUUCUCCAAAGAUAGCGCUGUGAUUCAUAAACCAAAUAUCCCAUCUGUCCAAGGAACCAUACUGGAGAAGCUUUGUGGAUUGCUGGGAUGUAGCGUGGCAAACUUAGGUCUGUUUUGAGAGAAGAGGCACUGCAUUGCCUGACCCUCCACUUGUGAAUGAUAUUUCUCACAAUGGAUGGAUGGAUGGACCACAAAUUGUCUGAAAAUGACCUCAUUAUGGCUACUCUAAGAUCAUUGCUGAUGUAUUUCCUCUUUGGCAUUGUGUUAACACAGACUUGAAUGCUCCAGACCUGCAAACAGUAUAGCCCUUUUUCCCCUACUGGACAUGCUCACUCUUGCUGAUGGAUAAGUUAGUGAAGUGCAUUUGAUUAGCAGCAUCGACUGCUCUUAACUGCUUUGGAAGUUCUAAAAGAACAUUUAGUUGUUUUUAUUUGCACAAGGCUUCUGCAUUUCUCCUGUUAUUCUUCAAUUAUGUGGAAAAGAGGACAGAGUGCACUGCAUCGUGACUUUCUUUGUUUUGUGUUCUGAGGUGGUAUUGACUUAAUUAUAAGACCUGUAACAACCAAAUAUUUGUUAUCAUGUCCUGGUGAAUUUUAAAAAGUGGAAGGGGAAUGUUUUUUUCUUCACAUUAUUAUAUUGUAUGCAUUUGUUUUGUGAAUGACAUACUUUAUUUCAUUGGAUUCUGAACAUGUUGGCAAAUGCACCACACAAUUUUUUUUGUGAAUUCAACUAGGUUUUACUCAUGCAUUUAUUAUUUUCACUGACAUAUGCUCUGGGUUAUUGUGCAAAGAGCUACACACCCACAUCCUUGACACAGCCUGAAAGAUUGUAUUAAGAUUGCCAGAAUAUGAUACCAGGGGAGCUAUACUUAAUCAUCCAAUUAUUGUAUGAAUAUUUAUUCAAUAACAGUUCAUUUGUGUGGGCCUCCUCAUCAACACACACAUCACAGAUAUCUGAAUAAAUGAAGCUCUUAUGGUUAUGCUACGUAUUAGGUUUUGGCCAUUUGUCUUAGCUUAUCAUACCAGUUGUGCAGUAAUGAAACACGGUGUUGGAAACAUAGACAAUCACUUAUCAACACAACUUCUAAUACUCUUAACUCUGAAUGUACAUUAUGUAUUUUGUAUAUAUCCCCAAAGCCCUACUUUUAGAUAGAAGUAAGUCUGUUGUAGGCGUGUUGUUAACAGAAGAAAUGUAUUAAAUGACAUUAUGUACUGAAAGGCUCAGAGAAUAGUGUGGAAAUACAACCGUGAAGAGCAGAAUCACUCAUCCAGGAUGUGCACAUGGUUGGUGGAUAGAUAACACAGUGUAAAUUCUGCUGCGCACUCAGUUCACACACAACAGAGGAAAUACAAAUGGAAAUUAGGUCCAUGUUAAACAAUAGUGAAUUUAGAAUUGGUAGUUUUUCAGGAUAAACAUAUUUAAGAGGCAGUCUAAGGUAGUUGUUUAUUGGGAACAAGCCAGACCAAAUAUUGGCUCUAUAGACAUAGUUAGUUAGGAUAAAAGCCACACAAACCAUCCUUUUUCUCACAGUUGCCAUACACAGUAUAUCUACUUGUGAACCUACCUGUGUUAAACACUCUUCUGGGGUUGGGCUGAGGGAAAACAUUCACAUCUUACCAAGGGGAUAUACAUAGCUGACAAUAUGCAGAGCAAACUGUUUCGGUUUCCUAAAGGACAACGCAUCAAGAGUAAAUGUAAAUCAUCCCCAUCUGACAGCACACAAUGAAACUCAAGGGCAAACAAUUUUUUCUGAAUUGAUUUGUUGUCAAAAGAACGAAGAAAUUUAAGAUUUUAAGCUGCUCACCUAAUGGACUGAUCAGGAAUUACUCUAACAUCCCACACUAAUGGCCACAUGUCUAUUAGCAGGCACUGUAACGGUCAUUAUCAGGCUUAGUGUCUUUCAUUCAUGCCUCUAAGCAUGAUGCUCUCCAAUCCAUUCACUCUCUUGGCUCAUUCUUAUUCAGGUCCUAUCUGUAAGUGGGUCCCUGAAGUGUCCCAGCCGUGUGAGGUAACAGACAGGGAAACAUCCUGGGCAGGUCAAACUAACACACGAACAAACACACUCGCACCUGUGGGCACUUUACAGUUUCCAGUUCACCUGGCCUGCAUGUCUGCAGACUGUGGAGGGAAAUCGGGACACCCGCAGGAGACCCACAGGAAUACAGUGAGACCAUGCAAACGCAACUCAAAACAGCAGCAUGCAAAAGCUGAAUUAUUAAAGUCGGAGCUUCAGUGCUGUGAAUCAGCUCUGGGACACCUUUGCUGUCGGUUUUUAAUACUUGACUGCCGUCUUUUCCAGUUGAAUCAUCUUGUAAACUUCCUCUCAGAUAUUCAGGAUUUGACAUUUAUCUAAGUGUCACACUGUCUCUUUACACUCUUAUAACUUGCUUACUGCUCUCCAAUCAAACAUAUUCCUCCUGUAUUGGAAAAGGUAUUUGUCCUAAGGGUGAGUUUGUUCCUGGUGUUUCCUAGCAGGCUAGUUAUAGCUCAAAGCAGACUGUGUCAGAAAAAUAAUACCCAUAAGAUAUUUAAUCCUGUCGAGUCAGUCUUGUCACGCCUCUUAUAUGUUUUUCUUUUUCUCCUCACUGGAAUCUGGCAGAUUCGUUUAGCAAAGCUUUAGCUUGUCAAUGUCCUGGGAAGACGUGGAAGUGUGAGACCGUCUUCUGGAAUGUUAAAUACAUAAACAGCUAAACAAUACAUUUUACUUAGAAAUCCUCUGAGAUUAUUUGAAAAGGCUGUUGUGAUCAUAGGUUAGAUUGCUUUGGUGACAUAAACUGUCAACCGCUAAGCAGAUUGUUAGCAUAAUCUAUGUAUUAUGCCUUUUUGUUUACCACAGGAAGAUAUUUCUUUGU